AAACGCCGAACUUUUUCGACUUCCCUUUACUACACACCAACACGAAAAAAUCCUCACCACUAGAGCAAUAUAGUGGAAGACUGCCCAUCAUGUCUAAGAUCACAGUCGCCGGAGUUCGUGGCAACAUCAAGGAUGUCCUUGACUACUCUCUCAAUGAGAAGAAGCGCAACUUUCUGGAGACCAUCGAGCUCCAGAUCGGCUUGAAGAACUACGAUCCCCAGCGUGACAAGCGUUUCUCUGGUACCAUCCGCCUGCCCACCGUCCCCCGCCCCAACAUGUCCAUCUGCAUCUUGGGUGACCAGCACGAUUUGGAUCGUGCCAAGCACGGUGGUGUCGAUGCCAUGAGCGCCGAUGACUUGAAGAAGCUCAACAAGAACAAGAAGCUCAUCAAGAAGCUUGCUCGCAAGUACGAUGCCUUCGUUGCCUCCGAGGCCUUGAUCAAGCAGAUCCCCCGUCUCUUGGGUCCUGGUCUGUCCAAGGCCGGCAAGUUCCCUACCCCCGUUUCCCACGCCGACGAUCUCGCUGGCAAGAUCACCGAGGUCAAGAGCACCAUCAAGUUCCAGCUGAAGAAGGUUCUCUGCAUGGGUGUCGCCGUCGGCAACGUCGGUAUGACCGAGGAGGAGUUGGUCGCCAACGUCAUGUUGGCCAUCAACUACCUUGUCUCCCUCCUCAAGAAGGGCUGGCAGAACGUUGGAAGCUUGGUCCUCAAGGCUUCCAUGUCUCCCCCCAAGCGCAUCUACUAAGCGGGUGUCGUAAUCGAUGGAGGAUGUAGCACUACUGGACUCACAAUGGUGCUAGCAAUAUGGACAAUAAUUUUAGCACGUUAGACAAAAGUAGCAAACAAUUGAGCGAACCUCCACCGCA